AUGGCCACCUCCUCCGCGCGGCCCGCCUUCCUGGUCAUGACCGCACUGGCGCUGCUGCUUCUGCUGUGCGUGGGCCCAGGAGGCAUAAGUGGAAACAAACUCAAGUUGCUGCUUCGGAAACGAGAAGCCCCUGCUCCCACUACGACCCCCGUGGCUGUCCAGGAGAGCAGAGCCAAGGAGUUCCUGAGCGGCCUUAGGAGGCCCAAGCGGCAGCUGUGGGACCGCUCGAGGCCGGAGGUGCAGCAGUGGUAUCAGCACUUCCUAUACCUCGGCUUCGACGAGGCGAAAUUUGAGGAUGACAUCAGCUAUUGGCUGAACAGAAAUAGGAAUGGGCACGACUACUACGAUUACUACCAGCGCCACUACGAUGAGGAUGCGGCCAUUGGCCCCCGGAGUGCCCACAGCUUCCGGCACGGAGCCAGCGUGAACUACGACGACUACUGA